AUGUCGACCAAUGAUAAUUCAACGUAUUUGCAAUUUCAACUAGUUCCCACUUAUGGGUCUUCUUCAGACAACAAGAGUGAUGCUGAUUCCUCUGGUACGACUACUUACCUAGAUCUCAUUGCGAACUCUGAUUUGUUCCGGGAUAAGCUUCAUGAUUUGCCCCAAGAUUCUGGCAGAAUUGUCAAGGAUCCUAAUGUGGGUGGAGAAAUUUUGGAUCUGCAUCAGCUUUUCAUCGAGAUGAUCAGGGAUUGUAAAUGCAACGAAGUGAUUGGAACAUUUAAUCUGAAGACAGAAGUGAAAAAUGCAGCAUAUGUUUUAAGGAAGACUUAUCUGAAAAUGCUCUUUGAGUUGGAGCAUAUGUAUUUCUUCAAAGAGCCAAUAUCACAUGAGGGGCUCAACACAGAGAUGUCGGAAAGUGUAUAUCCGAUUGAUGCAGCGACUGCAGCCGCACAUGGUGACGAGGCUGGGACUGAGUCUGAAGCUAAAGAGAGUCUGUAG